AGAAAAAUAAAAUCAGAACGUUGGUUUUACUCUCUCUCUCAAUCUCUCUCUUAUUUAAAGUAAACUAGAAAGCCUCUUUUUUCAAGACUAGCCGUUGCAAUCUUCUUCAUCAUCAUCUUCUUCUUCUUCUUCCUCUUCCUCUCCCUCACUCUCUCUCAUGGCACCCUCCGUAGAUUUUCAUUCUCCAUCUUCUUCAAAUCCCACCCAGGGGUCGCCCUCAUUGUCCAGUCCCGCUUCCGAUAAGCGCUUUUGGAGCUUGCUUCGAGGUAGGGUUGACUCGCUUCUUCAGGAACGAGUUGCCAAGUCUUCCAAUCUGGAUCCUUCCAUGUCUGACCAUUUCCUGGGAAAAGCGGAAAGGGCGAAGAGGUUGAAGCAGGAUUCGUUGCUUUUGCUUAGAGGUUUUGACUCUCUUGGCUAUACUCUGUCUCAGCUUUCCAACAAUUUGGAUAACGCCUUGCAGGGUGCUAGGGAUUUGGUCAAAGCACCAACUUUGACGGAGAUCUUCCAGAACAACCUCAAGAACUCAGAGGAUGAGGAAGAUGAUUCCAAAGGGAAAGAAAAUGAGUUGGUGGAGCCCAAGCAAGCAACAAAGAGGAAAUUUGAUGACAGUCAUUGCUUAGAAGAAUCAGAUGUUAGUUUAGAGAAAGAAAACCAGCAGAACCAUAAAGACAAGAUUAAAAAGGCCAAGAAUCUUGCAGUUGCAAUGGCAACAAAAUCAGCAUUUCUAGCAAGAGAAUUAAAAUCAUUAAAAUCCAACUUAUGUUUUAUGCAAGAGCGAUGUUCCGUACUUGAGGAAGAGAAUAGGAGACUUCGAGACGGAUUCUCCAGAGGAGUCAGACCAGAAGAAGAUGAUCUGGUAAGACUUCAAAUGGAAGCACUACUUGCUGAGAAAUCCAGAUUAGCAAACGAAAAUGCUAACUUAACAAGGGAAAAUCAAUGCCUUCAUCAGCUUGUAGAGUAUCAUCAGCUCACAUCCCAAGAUCUUUCUUUAUCAUAUGAGGAAGUAAUUCAAGGCAUGUGCUUGGACUUCUCGUCACCACCACCAGCCAUUGCUGAAGGAGAUGAAGAAGAACAAGAACAGAGUGACAAAGAAAUCACUCGAACACCUAAAGCUGAUCUUUUUAGCUUUUCUACUUCUCUUGAUGAGCUCCACCAAGAAAAGUAGAGGUAAUAUUAGGCCAGAAGAUGCAGUUUCACUCUUCGCGUUGAUCUCAUUUAGUUUCCUGUAACCUUGAUCUUCAACUGAAUUUAGUUCAGAAAUAAAUAUAGCAUUUUCUGCACAUUGAAUCUGUCUACUUCAUCAAA